AUGAUUGUUAAGAUUGCUGCUGCCAAUACUACGAAUACGAUCAGUAUGAUUUUUUCCAAUGUUGUGGUCAAGAAUAUGCCGUCUCCUGAUAUGCUGGUUACGGUAGUUAAAACUGAUGCU